GCCGGCACGCUGGGUGGGGCCUAUUUAGCCGCCAGGGGCACAAAUCUGGGGACACUGAACUGGUGUCCCUGCCCCAGGUCUCUUCAGCCCCGCCGGCCACACGGCUCCCAUCUCCUCCCACUGGCCACCCAGCUCCACGAUGAUGGCCGAGGAGCGCACAGACCUGGAGGCCCAGAUCGUCAAGGACAUUCACUUCAAGGAGAUCGACCUGGUGAACCGGGACCCCAAGAACAUUAACGAGGACAUAGUGAAGGUGGACUUCGAGGACGUGAUUGCGGAGCCAGUGGGCACCUACAGCUUCGACGGCGUGUGGAAGGUGAGCUACACCACCUUCACCGUGUCCAAGUAUUGGUGCUACCGCCUGCUGUCCACGCUGCUGGGCGUGCCGCUGGCCCUGCUCUGGGGCUUCCUGUUCGCCUGCAUCUCCUUCUGCCACAUCUGGGCGGUGGUGCCAUGCAUCAAGAGCUACCUGAUCGAGAUCCAGUGCAUCAGCCACAUCUACUCACUCUGCAUCCGCACCUUCUGCAACCCAGUCUUUGCCGCCCUGGGUCAGGUCUGCAGCAACAUCAAGGUGAUGCUGCGGAAAGAAGUGUAAGGCCGGGUGGGUGAAGGGGGGGGAUGGCAAGGGCGGGGGAGCCAGGCCAAGCUGCCCCCCCGCCCCGGUACUGCUCCAAGGGGCUGCCGGCAAGCCUGCUCUCCUUCCCCCAAGACUGCUGCUUCCCCCAGAUGGGGGCUCACAGUAUAGGGAAGCCAGAGAGGAAAGACAGCCCGACCACGAGUGCCGCGGCCUUCCCUCUGUCCCCUGCCCUGCCACAAGGCCCCCGUUGGGCACCAGGGAAGAUGAUUUGCUAAGAGGCAGCUACCACAAAUAUUUGCAUUCACUUGUACUGUAACAGCAUAAACCAGCACUCAGUUCCCAUCCAGGACGCACCCACCCAGGGACUGUUGGCCUUAGGAGGGUGGCUCCAAUAAAGGGUUUUGGCUGCAUCUGGGGAA